AUGUCUGUUUCACUGACCCCCAACCAUGCCCUCGGUUUCCAUAGACCUCUCACAACACUCGUCAAACGAUCCCUAACAAUAUCCAAUCACAAUAGCCAGCCAGUUGCAUUCAAGGUCAAAACCACUGCUCCUAAGCUUUACUGUGUGCGCCCUAAUACCGGACGAGUUGAGCCUGGCCAGAGUGUGGAUGUUUCGGUCAUGCUACAACCGCUCAAGGACGAGCCACCAACUGGCGCAAAAUGCAAAGACAAAUUUCUCAUCCAGAGCACGCUCAUAUCUCCCGACAAGGAAGCCAUGUCUGUUCAGGACAUUUGGAGUGGAUCCGAUAUUAACGAGGAAGGAAAGGUCCACCAGCAGAAGUUGCGGGUGACGUAUCUCCCGCCAGAGGGUCAGACAUUGGUCGAGGAGGACGAGGAACCACAUGCCAACUUGAGCUCCUCAAUGACAGCUGCGGACUCGCAAUUGCACGAUCCUUCUCGUCAGGAAUCGGCUUAUGCGACGGUUCGCCAACGUCUACCUGUCAAUGGCGAUACUACGCAAGACUCCGUCAUCGCCGCGCGGCCAUCGACUCCUCCUGGCGAUUUCAGCGUGGCCCAAGAAGAACUACACGAGGAGCCUCCAUUUAAAGCGCCUGGAGUUGUCAUCACCCCUCCAGAGCCAGAAGUCAUUAUUCCGGUCAGGGUUUCCCAGCCGGCCGUCCAACCGGCACCCGUUUCUACUCCCAUUCCCCCUGCACCCGUCCGCACGCCAUCAGUGCCGACACCGGCUGCCAAACCAAGCCCAUCACCGCCAUCAGAGGAUUACGCAAGCAAAUACAUUGAGGCUCAAGCUGAGAUAGAGCGUUUGCGAGGAUUAUUGACUACUUCGCAACCCCCUGCAGAGCUCAGACGAAGGACAAGGAAACUGUCAGACGCUACUGCCGUUGAUGUGGCUGUUCUGGAAGAAGCACCCAUCCAAGAGGGCGUACCCCUUCAAGUUGUCGUUAUCAUUGCUCUCGGUGUCUUCAUCACAACAUACCUUUUCUUCUAA